AUGGAGUGUCUUUCGCAUGCCAAGGGUUGCCACUGUCGACAGUGCAUCGCGGAGCUUUCCAGCCCCCCUCGUCAGCUGAAGGAUUCCCAGUCGGGCAGUGACGAUGAAAUCAAAAUCAAGGCUUCUCAGCCCGCCAACGAACGUGGAGGCGGCUAUCAUCAUGAUAUAGCUAUACAUGGUGUCACUCAUGAUAGUGGUCCAAUCGGAGGCAGCACGUCUCAGGAUGACCAGAGCACUUUUCCUUGCAAUGCUGCAGCAUCGUUCACGACCUCUUCCGAACAAGGCCAGUACUUUCACGUGCAAGGCUCGGUGCAGGGAUCUCAUCUCUCACAGUAUGCCCUCUUGGAUCAUGCUGCCAAAAUGCCAAGCUCGCGGGCUCGUUGGCCUCUGCAGAAUGCCACGCCUCGUGGAUCGACUGCGUCCCGCAGUGGGACCCUUGACAGCACGAGUCAGCAUGCAAGCAAGAGUGACAACGAAAGAGACAGUGAUGAUUUCCAUGAGCGGGAGAAAAAGAUGUUUGCCCGCAUCGAUUCUCUCACUAUUCCUGCUCGCGAUUUGGCAGUUCUUGCUCAUCACCCAGCUGCCGAGAAGGACUUUCAACAUGACCAGAGCUUGGUUUCCGAUUCUCUCCCGGCCCACGAUGCAAACGAAGAGAGUGGAGCCCAUGGUGACCAGGAAAUCUCGCACAACCCCCCCGCCAUCGAGACGUUGCUCAUGGCUCUGAGGGACACCGCCCCGGCCCAGACAGUCGAAGACCGACUUCUUGGCAACUUCCCUAGGCGCAUUACAACUCCAGAGCUGGUGAACAUACGCAGGAGCUUCUUCAAUACACCACAUGCAAGCCACCCCACCGAGGACCCAGAAGACUCUCUUCCCAUCUUGAACAGCCAAGGUGCUCGCAACAGACCAGAGCUCUGUCAGUCUCUUUCAAACUUCGUCAACAGCUGUCUCCGGGACCGCAACCCCAGAGUAAUUCGUAUUGUAGUGACAGUCGUGGUUCUGAUUGGCCUUGGAGUCUCGGCAGUCGUGGUCAUGGCAGUUCACUAUGCAGACCCCGCCAAAUACCGACCCACCACGAUGAUUGCUCCGGUCGUCCUGGCAUUCACCUAUGUUGCCGUGGCAGGCAUCUUCUUCGCCAGCGCCCCCGUUGCUCGCUACGACGAUGGCGUUGAGUUUGACAACUUGGCUGGCGGCGUCCGUGGAGGUCCUUCUCCGAGUGUACUUUCCUCGUCCACCGAGUUGACCAUCCCUGUCCCUGUCCGUCUCGGGCCCCGCGUCGAGGUCCGCAUUCGGUCUGGUCCUCGGCCUCUAACCCCAUUCCCCGCAGCCGCCAUCGCCAUCCCUGCCGUCCUCCCACCCGCAGGAGCUCGACCACCCCGCCUUGUGGAUUCUGUGGGCUCCGACCAGUCGACUUUGGCUAACUAG